UAACGGGCGCCGGGGGCCGCGCUGGAUGUUGCAUUGCGGAGUGGCAGCGGAUACAAUGUAACACAGGAUGUAGCAAACGCAACGCUGUCCCGCUGCAACAUGACACGGCCCAAACACCGUGGAGAAUGCACCUUCAUUUGAACCCUCAAAUCACCUCAGCGAGCAACCUGGCGCACUCACCCACUGCAUGCAGCUUGCCCAGCGCCCGCUGCCCUCCAUAAUGGCGACUCAUCAGGACGGCUGCAGUGUCAAAGUCGCUUUAAGAAUUCGUCCACAGUCAGCCAAAGAGAAGAUUGAGGGAUGCCAUAUCUGUACAUUAGUGACACCAGGGGAGCCACAAGUUAUUAUGGGCAAAGACAAGCCUUUCACAUUUGACUUUAUGUUUGAUAUGGAUGCCAGACAAAAUGAAAUCUAUAAAUCCUGUGUUGGUAAACUGGUGGAAGGGUGCUUCGAAGGAUACAAUGCAACCGUGUUUGCUUAUGGACAGACGGGUUCUGGCAAGACGUACACUAUGGGCACUGGGUUCAAUGUGAACAUAAUGGUGGAGGAGCAAGGAAUAAUUCCUCGUGCGGUCAAGCAUCUUUUCGAGGGGAUUGCAGAGCGAAAGCAAGCUGCCCAGGACAACGGAAGCCAAGCGCCAGAGUUUAAAGUCACUGCUCAAUUUCUGGAGCUCUACAAUGAAGAGGUCUUGGAUCUGUUUGACAGUACACGAGAAUUGGAUUCACGCCAUAGGAAGUCGAAUAUUAAAAUCCAUGAAGGUGCCAACGGAAACAUUUACACCAGUGGGGCAGUUUCACGUGUUGUUAACUCCGAUCAAGAGAUGAUCCAGUGCCUGAAGCUGGGGGCUCUUGCUCGAACCACGGCGAGCACACAGAUGAAUGCUGAGAGCUCGCGCUCCCAUGCUAUUUUCACAAUCCACGUCUGCCAAAUGAGGGUCUGCCCAAGACAAGACAUGGUGAACGGAGAGAUAAACGGAGUGGUACAUGAAUCACAGCCCGUCAAUGAGUACGAAACACUUACAGCCAAAUUCCACUUUGUUGACCUUGCCGGUUCAGAAAGGCUGAAGCGGACAGGAGCCACAGGAGAGAGGGCCAAAGAAGGCAUCUCCAUCAACUGUGGUCUGCUAUCACUGGGAAACGUUAUCAGUGCACUGGGAGACCAGAGCAAGAAGAGCCAUCACGUGCCGUACCGAGACUCCAAACUGACAAGGCUUCUUCAGGAUUCACUGGGAGGAAACAGUCGCACCAUUAUGAUCGCUUGCAUAAGCCCAUCUGACCGUGACUUCAUGGAGACUCUCAAUACCCUGAAAUAUGCCAAUCGAGCCCGAAAUAUCAAGAACAAAGUUACGGUUAACCAGGACAAAACCAGUCAGCAAAUCAGCGCUCUGCGAGCUGAGAUUGUUCGGCUCCAGAUGGAGCUGAUGGAAUACAAGACGGGUAAACGAGUCAUUAAUGCUGAUGGUUCUGAAGGCUACAACGACUUAUGCCAUGAAAACAGCAUGCUACAGAAAGAAAAUGACACGUUGAGAAUGAGAUUAAAAGCCAUGCAAGAAACCAUCGACGCACUGAAUGACAGAGUGACACAACUCUUGAGUAACGAAGCCGCUCAGAUAAUCGCCAGUGCAGGAGAUGGCAACGAAGAAAUCGGUGCGCUGAUUCAAAAUUAUAUUCGGGAAAUACAGGAGUUAAGGACCAAGCUGUUGGAGAGUGAAGCCAUGAAUGAGUCUCUUCGCCGCAACGUCUCUCGACUGACACCCAGGUCUCCGUAUUCAGCGGGAAUGUCUCCCAUGCCUUGCUCUGCAAAUUUCGCCGUCUCUCUGGAAUCCGAUACCUCUGAGGUUGUUGAACUGGCAAAAAAGGACUUGGAGCUGCUGAAGAAAGAAAGGAUACAAAGGAAAAAUAGUCCAGAGAAAGAGAAAAGAAGAAGAAAUGUAACGACGGAGAAUUGGGAAGAGACUGAUGACAAUGAAGCAGAAGAGGAAGAAAGUUGCUGUGAAGAAGAAGAAGGUGGAGAUGAAGAUGAGUUUGACAGCGAUGGAAGUCUGGAUGAAACGGAUACUGAAUCGGAGGAGAAAGUCAAUUAUCAGGCUGACCUUGCUGACAUAACCUGUGAGAUUGAAAUCAAGCAGAAACUGAUCGAUGAGCUUGAGAACAGCCAACGACGAUUGCAAAUAUUGAGGCAACAAUACGAGGAAAAGCUUAUCCUCCUGCAGAACAAAAUCCGGGACACACAGCUGGAAAGAGACCGUGUUCUGAAAAACCUUGGUUCUAUGGAGUGCAACACGGAAGAGAGAGCCUGCAAGAUUAAAGCAGACUACGAGAAAAAACUAAAGGAGAUGAACCGAGAGCUCCAGAAACUGCAGACGGCACAGAAAGAACAUGCACGCCUCCUCAAAAAUCAAACUCGUUACGAACGGGAAUUGAGGAAACUGCAGAAUGAAGUGGCUGAAAUGAGGAAGACGAAGGUGACUCUGAUGAAACAGAUGAGGGAUGACCAGCAGCGAAUGAGGAUGAUCGAAAGCAAGAGGAACCGUGAAAUAGCACAGCUGAAAAAGGAACAGCGACGACAAGAAUACCAAAUUCGAACCUUGGAGUCCCAGAAGAGGCAACAGGAGCUUGUGCUACGCAGGAAAACACAAGAGGUCAGCGCUCUACGAAGAUUAGCCAAGCCCAUGUCCAACCGAGUUGCUGGUCGUGUAAGCCGUAAACAGACUAUCUUGGAUUCGGGCAUGGAAUUGUCAGCCAGUACUUCUUCAGAGGCAGAGUCAGCCUCCAAGUCCGUGUCCAAUAUCGUUAAACAGUGGAACAGAAAGUUAAAUGCCGCUUGGAAUGAAACCGUUUCUGCGGUAAAUGGAACCAGAACUGUGAGAAAGAACAAGUACCAGAAGAAGGGAGUUGGUGAAAUCUUUUCCAAAGCAGCUCGGCUGAAGUGGCAGGCACUGGAGUCCAGGAUCAGUGACAUUGUGAUGCAGAGGAUGACAAUCUCCAACCUGGAAGCGGACAUGAAUCGUCUUCUGGCGAAACGGGAGGAACUAAUUGGCCUCCAGGAAAUUCUACACGGGAAAAGGGAACGGAUUCGCAAUGAAAAUCCGGACGAUAGGUCUAUCCAGGAAAUAAACGAGGAGCUUGAGACCUUGAAUGCCAACAUUGACUACAUCAAUGAUAACAUUUCUGAAUGCCAGGCCACCAUAAUGCAGAUCGAAGAAACCAAGGAUGAGAUUAAUUCAACCGACACGUCUGUUGUGAUAAGUUCGUGUUCCCUAGCUGAAGCACGCCAUCUGCUGGAUCACUUUCUGAAAAUGUCAAUCGACAAGGGUAUGCAGGUGGCCCAGAAAGAGGCUCAGAUUAAGCUGCUGGAAGGUCGAUUGAAGCAAGUGGAUGUGACAGAUUUGAUUCCAAAUCAGCUGAUUAGCAUGCUGCGGGAGAAGGCUGAAUCUAUUCCUGAACUGCAGACGUUGCUUCAAAGUGUCUCACAAGAAAAUGGAGAAAUAAGCAGCGAUGAGGAAACCUCUGAGUGUAGCAUCGGGCUGGACAGUAGUUCAAUUUCAAGUUCUCACCCGAAGCAUUCACUGAGUCAAGGAGAUUUCAGGAUACAGACUGAGCAAAGAACGGAGCUACAUUAUCGGGAAGGUUAUGGCUCAGCUCUGGACGUGUCUACCCCAGGGCUAUUUAGAGCAGCUGACGGGAAAGAAAAUGGCAUCAAGACUGUUGACAUCCUCACACGGAGCCCAAAGGAUAAAGAGUCCAUCGUUUUUCAACCCAGGUCCGGAAACACUUUCCCCAGGCAGUCUACUAAGAAACUGCAGGAUACGUCACCACUCUCAAGGAGAAAAUCCUAUGAUAAAGUACAGAUCUUAACUGACAAAUCCAGAUCUGAAUGGAGAGUUUCUGAAAUGAAUCUAACGCCUCCGUCCUCCCCACCCACCCGAGCUCGUAACGACAGGAACGUGUUCUCACGACUCAGCAAUACCCAGCUUCAAACAUUCCCUGCACACGACAAGUCUGAUGACAGUGACUCCUCUCUCUCGGAGGUUCCCAGGGGUGUUAUUAAUCCGGUCGGUGGUACCAAGGGUGGCAGGACUGCGCCCCUCCAGUGCAUUUCAGUUGCUGAAGGACAUUCUAAACCUGUGCUGUGUCUUGAUGCAACCAAUGACCUGCUGUUCACCGGUUCAAAAGAUCGGACCUGCAAAGUGUGGAAUCUGGCCACGGGACAGGAAAUCAGUACCCUGAAAGGACAUCCGAACAACGUGGUCUCGGUCAAAUACUGCGGUUACUCCAGCCUUGUGUUCACUGUGUCUACAUCGUACAUCAAAGUCUGGGAUAUCCGAGACGCCCCUAAAUGCAUCAAGACACUAACAUCCUCUGGUCAAGUAACUUCAGGUGAUGCAUGUACAGGAACAGUCAGUCGCACGGUGAGCAUUGCACAAGGUGAACACCAGAUCAACCAGAUUGCGCUGAACCCCACAGGCACUCUCCUCUACGCUGCAACUGGUAACUGUGUUCGCAUCUGGGACCUUAAGAAAAUUCAACCUGUAGGAAAACUCAUGGGUCACAUUGGUCCUGUGAUGUGCCUCACAGUGGAGAGAGCAGCGGCUAAACAUGAUUUGGUCAUCACUGGCUCUAAAGACCAUUAUGUGAAGAAGUUUGAAAUAGCUGAGAGUACUCUGGGAAAUGUUGGUCCCACACAUAAUUUUGAGCCUCCACACUACGACGGGAUUGAAUCUCUGGGAAUCCAUGGAGACAUCCUGUUUAGUGGAUCGAGAGACAAUGGAAUCAAAAAAUGGGACUUGGAAGGACAAGAACUAAUACAGCAAAUCCCAAACGCUCACAAAGAUUGGGUGUGCGCGCUGGCAUUUGUCCCAGGUCGUGACAUGUUGCUAAGUGGUUGCCGAGGGGGAAUACUUAAAGUUUGGAACAUCGACAACUUCACCCUGCUGGGAGAGAUCAGAGGGCAUGACAGUCCUAUUAAUGCCAUCUGCACAAACUCCAGCAGGAUUUUCACUGCAUCCAGUGACUGUAGAAUAAAAACUUGGACUGCUAAAGGAUUAAAAAACGGGUACGUUAUGGACAUUAGAGACAGCGGCCAGGAACUCUCUUGACACCAUCCAAGGGUGCACUUCAUGCCAUAAACUAUUCUUUGAGGAGAACAGUGAGAGAAUGAACUGGAAAGCGGCCAGCCAAGGAUUUCUCAGCUGAAGAAGAAAAACAUUGGGAAUUAUUGUGUAGCAAGAUGGGGACUGCGAGCAGUAAUCUUUGCAAGGAUCGGGCCACAAAUAUAAUUCUCAACAGCACAAACAGUGAAAUCGUCAUAGCAACAAACAUUUUGAAUCGCACUGCAGCUUUAUAAAUCUGACAAAAGCUUGGUGCCUUUUCUGCACAUGUAAGAACAAAAUUAUGUUUCAUUUCCUACAUUAAUCUAUGUACUAUUAAUAAUUCCGCAGAUUCCUUCUGUGAUCUUGUCCUCCAGAUUCACAUUCACUAAUCUUCAUUUUGCCACAGCAGUGUAAUUGGAAGGUGAUGACUUCCACCAAAGAAGAACGGAGAUGUUGAACCAGGCUUUGGAUGUGGAAACCCAACAAGUUCUAGUCAACUGGACCACCAAAGCUGGACAAGGACAAUGUUGCUCUAGAUGGCUUCCAUUGUCAAUGGUUUGGUGACUCUUCCAAAAGAAAACAAAACAGGGGCUGCACAAUGAUAUGGUCUUACAGUGCUGCUUUGGAUCAGAUAUUGUAAUUCAUACUGUGAGCCCAUGCGGUCAAAAACUAUUAUGUCUAAAUAUUCAUAGGGCCAGUGUUCUGCCACUGCCAUUAUUACAUAAAUCCUUCCCGGAAAAUCAGAACCUCAGAUUGGCUGUUCUUAUCCAAAUGAUGGAUAAUCAACCAUACUUCACUAAGUAACAUUUCUUCUCUGCAAUGAAGUGUGCAAGUGUGAGUUCUUAAUUUGGCUUUACUGUACCAUGCAUCCCAUUGUAGCAUUUCAGAGACAGGUUCAUAGGACAGUUGCUUGAAUGAAAAUAAUUGUCCUUCAGGAUAUGACGUCUAUCAUCAUAAGUAGUAAACUGGUGUUUGCUAUUGCAAGCACUGCUAAAACUAUUAGAUAAAAGCACAACUUCAGGGUCUUACUACAAAUAAAUCGAGACUAGUUGGAUGUCUCCGAUCACUGUCUCUGACCUCUCCGAGCUAAACUGAUGGAAUUAACUUUCAUAAAGGUAUGUCAGCACACUUGACAACAAUUAUCUUUAUCUUCAGUGAAAAACAUUGUGGUUCUAAGUACAGUAUUCAAAUAUAGAUUUAUUUUGAGGGAUGUCUUGAAAUACCAUUAAAGACAAAUAAUUUAACAGAUGUAUUCAUAUCUCUAAGGCAAAAAAAACUACAAUCUUAAAACCUUGGGCUUGGUGUGACUUACAUUAUCCAAGUCUAUUGAUUUGGAUAAUGUAAAUUGUAAUCUCAGCAGUUAUUGCAGAUGCAGUGACUAUAAGAUAUUCCAAUCAUCCAUAUCACAUAUCUUCAAUCUCUGCCUUUAAUUCUAUAUUUCUUCCCCUACAAUAUGCAUGUUCACUUCUAACUAAAUGGAACCGAAUAUCCAAACAAAACUCAUUUGUUUAUAAUGCUCUUGAUGGAUUCCAUUGUCAACGGUUUGGUGAAUCAUCCAAAGAUUUUAAAUGUAUCUGGACUUAAUCGCUUCCUGAAUCUAAUCUCCAAAACCAGGUAAUUCUGUUCUAAAAUUAAUGAUGAUACAUACUUAAAGAAUGGCCAUUCUUUUCAGGGGUCUUUUCCUGUGGCAUUUUGCAAUCCAAAAUUUUGCAGACAAUGAUUAAACGCAGGAAGUUAUAGGUCAGUUAUUUAUAUACAUUAGAUCUAUUAGAUAACUUCAGGGUCUUACAACAAAUAAAUCUAGACUAGUUGUGAUUUAGAAAUCCAAUUCCACAGUGUGACAACUGUGGAAUUGGAUUUGUUGAAAUGAACAGGUUUUUUGGCUUGGCCACCUCUAACUUCUCCAAAACAAAGUGUGUUUUGUAAGUAGAUGGAUGUAAUUUUUUUCCCCACACAACAGAAAGAUCCAUGUUUUUUUCUCUCUUCUACACAAAAUUAAGUUACCUGUGUCAUUGAAGCUUAUUUAUGUGUUUUCAGAGCUGUAUCUCAUUUUUUGCCCUAUAGACCAAGGUAAUGCCCUUCAGUGAAUAGAAUCCUUGUUUAAACCUUAGAAACACAAGGAACUACAGAAGGUAGACAAAAAUGCUGGAGAAACGCAGCGGGUGAGGCAGCAUCUAUGGAGUGAAGGAAUAGGUGACAUUUCAGGCCGAGACCCUUCUUCAGACUUAAACAAGGAACUACAGAUGCUGG